GAGCUUGCCUCUUGCGGGCCUCGCGUCCUCCGUGCCCUCUGCUCCACAGAUGGGCGCCCGGGCCCUUCGUGGCCCGGGCGGCGGCGCACCUUGCGAGGGCGCAAGUGGGUUUGAGGGCGUCUGGGUUCGUUUCUUGAGCGUCUUCUGGACUUUCCUGGAGACGGAGUUUUGCCGCUUUGCGGCAAUCCGCCAGACGACCCCCAACGGGCACCUAACGUUACCCAUGGCGGUCUCGCUGAACUUCGCCGAGGACGUGGCGACGCGGCUCUGGGAUGUGUGGUUGGCUUUCGUGUCCGACGCCGCGUUGCCGACCUUCGCGACGGAGUUUGCGGCUCGCGUGACGGACCUCCUGCCCAGGGUGCUGCGUCGUGAGGAUGCAGGCGGGCGUCCUGUCACCGGAGGUCUCUGCACCGAGGGUAUGAUCGCCGAUGACCUCGUCCGUGCGCCGCGGCGCAUUCGCGGGGAGGUGCCCGGGGGCGGAGCGAUCGAUAGGGACCGCGUCCGCCAGGGCCUCGUGGUCAUCACGCGAUCCCCGGUACCUCAGGAGGGCAAGCCGCGUCAGCGCUUCAUCGCGGUCAUCUACAACUUUGAGGGGGACGAUUUCCCAGACACCCUGGAUGCGGGCCCCGAUCGCAGGGCCGCGGAUCACCGGAGCCUUGCUGAUGACGACGAGGCGCUCCCAAAGUGGACCCGGGUGCAGUUCACUCUGUGCGACAGGACGCGCUGGGUCUGGGACCGGCAGACAGGGCAGUCGGCAACCAAGAGUGAGACCACCAUUAGUGCACGCCUGAUUUGGGAGAUGUCCUCCUUCCUUGCAUCUGGGCAAUCGCCGCUCAAGAUGCGCAAGCUGGGCAAACAAACGCCGAUGCAGCUCAUGGCUUUGGAGGUGUUCUCAGACGUGAACGUGCAGGUCGGCGACAUUGAGCUGACCAACGGAGUGCUUGCCUACGUGUGCCCGGCAGUGGACCUCGUGGACCGCUCCAAAUCAACGGACGCCUCUCGCGCCGGGGCAGAUGCCGCUGGCGUGGACAUUGGGAACCUCUCCCAGUCGGUGCGCAAAGCGCUGGAGCAGAGCGUGUCCUUCUGGGACCCGCCGAACAGCGAGCCCACGUUGCACGUGCCACUGCGACUGCAGACGCACCAGAUCACCCCCGACCCGCAGCAGAUGAACAUCCUGAACGCCGUCGCCGACAGGUGCGUCCAGGAAGCCAGCGAGCAGGGAAAGUCCGAAGUCAUCCGGUGGCUGUGCGACGAGAAAGUGGGGCUGUUUCCGACGUGCAUGGGAUGGGAGCACGAGGUGCAUUUCAUGAAGACCGCCCCAAUGAAUUCCAUGGCGAGCAACAUCGGUGGGCGGACCAUCCACAACUUCAGCAAGCUUGGCGGCGCCGCCGGGCUCUCGCAGCAGCAGCUGGAUGCCAUCGCCAAGCAGGUCACCGCCAUCACAGCGGCCGCCGCCUCAGCCCAAUCGCCAGCAGCAAGCCAUCCUGCCGCGGGCGCAGCGCCUGGCCACGGGAAAGGAUCGCGUGGCGCAGGCAAGGGCAAGGACACGGCAGCACCCCCACCAGAGGCGCCUGCCACCGACGACAAAGACAAGAAGAUCGAGCAGCUCGAACUUCUCGUCAGCACUUACCAGCAGAUGGACGCCACCGCCAUGCCCGAUGUGGCCGCCAAGCUGCAGCAGGCCCGAGCGGACCUGGUGGACGCGCGCGCGGCGCAGGCCGCCAGCCUGCCGCCUGCACAGCGCAUGGCGCGCUGCCACACACGCGCGCAGCGCGCGGCCGAGAAAGUUGAGAAGAUCAAGCACCAGAUUUCAGAGCUGGAGAAGACCAAGCAAGAGCUGCAGGUGCAGCUCAACGCUACCAACCAGUCCAUGGAAGAACAGAAGAAGCGCCUCGAGCGGGCCCAGGAGGACCAGCAGCGCGAGGAGCAGGACGCCAAGUCAGUCUGGGCCGACACUGCCCCCGAUGAAGGACCUGGCUCGCUCGCGGAGUUCACCGAGACCUCCAAGGCCAAGAUCGCCGAGGCCAAGACCAAGUUUGCAGGCAAUGCAGAAAUCCUCAGAUUUAUCAACGACAUGUCCAGCAUGGUGGGGGCCUUGCCUGAGAAGGCAACACCACCGCCCCCGCCAUCUCCAUCGAUUGCGGACACCCCGAUGUUCGAUUCAGAAUUCUUCAAAGCCGAGAUGGAAUCCCUUGCCAAGCACCUGCCCAAGAAGGAGCUCGAAGCCCUGCAGAAGGCCCGUGCGACGUACCAGGACCAGCAGGUCUCGGGGCUGCAGUACAUCAUAGCAGGAGACUUCAAUCUUACUCAGGACCAGCUUGAGCAUUCGGAGCUCUGCAAUUAUAUCAAGGGUCAGCUCUUCGCACCGGCGUGCUCGAUGGGCACAUGCACAGCCAGUUGUUCAGUCAUAGAUAUGUUCAUCGUCGAGCAGCAGCUAGCGAACGCUGUGCGAGCCAUAGAUGUCGAUUUCGACUGGGAUGCUAGGCCACAUUUCCCAGUUGUGCUGGAUCUGCCACCAGAAUUUGGAGAGGUCAAGGUCCUUCAAUUCCCUACCAUCCCUGCCCUCCCCUCCUCAUUCGACAAGGAUGAAGAGGAUGAGGAUAUUGUGCAUCCCAGCACCGUUUCUUGGAAUAAAGUUUCAGAUCACGUAGGUAGUCUUAUCUCUGCUAUAGGUAACCAUUCCAAGGCAGUGUUGCGCGAAGGCUACGCCUCGGCCUACGCGCACUGGGCCAACGCCGCCGAGCUCGAGCUAGCGCAGCGGACGGCCAGCAAGGUUCGCAAGUCAGGCUUGAGAGCAAGAGCCCCCCAGCCAGUACUCCGAGCAGUCACCAAGAACGAGAAAGCUCACAAGCAGUACGGCCUCCUUCCCACUGCGCCGAGCUGGAUUGCCACUCGCAUGCACCGCCUCGCCAGUUACUUGGAGGAGGAGGAGGAAUGGACAGUGGGGAAGGUGAUUGGCAGAGAGUCUAGGCCGGCAGUAUUCGAUCUAAUUUCCCGCGUAGUGCGCGCCACGCCGCAGCAUGUGAUGCAGCACGAGAGCACGCGCAUACUCCUCACAGAUAUCCAGCAGUAUCUCAAGCCCGUGCACGCAGAUGUCGAGGCCGAAGCUUUUUGUUGCGGCAAGCUAGCCGCCACCGUCGCGCAGUUGUUUACUUUCAAGGCCAGGGCUGACGCGCUCGCUAAGAAGGUCCUCUCAGAUGCGCGGUCAGCCAACGCCAGCUCUUGGAAGGAGUGGGUUGACAAGGCCCUCGACAAGGGGGCCAAGGACCACUUCGGCAGGACGGUCAGGCUCACUGACACCUCGCCGAGCCUGCUUGCCGACCUGCUGCACCGAGGAUGUCAGAGGACAGAGCUGCUGCCACCAGACGUGCUGCAGGCUGCGCUGGAGGCGCCAGAGAAUAGCCCCCUGUACUGCUUCGGUAUCUUCGAGCACCCAGGGGCUGGGGAGCACAUGGGCUUCCUGGUGCUCCAGGAGGCCCUCACGAAACCCUCGAAGACUUGGGUGGACUGCAAAGCGGUCCUAGAUCAGCAUGCUAGGCCACUGCCGACGCGUCUCAGUAGUAAGCUCAAGUAUUCAGGCCUGCACAAGCUUGCGCUUGCGCGGGAUAGCAGAUAUCACCUCGAGACGGCCUCUAAGGUCAAGAGCCAUCAGGAUAUAGAAUCAUUGGCUGGAGAGGCCAGACUUGCUGCGGAGAUCAAUGCAGCAGCAGAUAAGACGGCGAAAGCGGCCGUUGACUGUCACCCCAGCUUUGACCCGACUGCGGUGCAGGAUUUGCAACGCAAGAUCGAGGCCGCUCGAGCGAUAGCCAUAUAUGCGCCCAGAGUUCUCGCUUUGUGCCAGCGCAACAGGCACAAGAGCGAGAGAGCCGCUUUGCCCUGUAAGGUUCAGGCCUCCAUCGUCGUCCACGACUGGGAGGUUCUGCAGGGGCCGAUACCGUACAGGUGCAGAGCAUGUUUUACGCACGCCCGAUCGUAUAAGGCCGCAGUCGCGCGCGAGCGGCAGGCCUGCCAACCUCUUGCCAGCGCAUACCGACGUGGCCUAGAAGCCAUUCACGCCAGCCAUCAGAUGGCGAUUGCGCACUUUGCCACGCCUGUUGUGUUCUGCUUAGUCUGUGGGCGUUAUGCCCAGUACGCGUUCAGAGGAGGGGAAAAAAAAACGAAAAUCCAGCACAUGCGCUGGCUGAUCAUUGACGAGGUGGAAAACGUGUCGGUGGAGCUGCUGUACGCCGUGCACAGGCAGGUGAAGGGCUCGACGAGGGACAAGGAAAACCCCUGGGCCGUGGACGCGCGCGUCCCCAAACAGUUCGCCAUGUUUGGAGGGCUCAACCUGGUGCUGCUCGGGGACCUGUGGCAGAUCCCACCCGUCAGGAGUCUCAGUAUUGCCGCCGAUCCAUUCGUCAAGCGGCCCGCCAACGUUGGCCGCAUACUGGAGAUGUUCUGGACCGAGGGCAUGCCGCACUCGGCAACUCACCGCUACGCACUGAGCCAGUCGCACCGCUGCUCAGACCCGUGGUGGAGGAGCUUCCUCGCAGAAGCGCGCGCGGGGGAUCUGUCGGACAGGAUGUACGAUUUCGUUCACGGGUUCCCCACUGAUGUGCCCGGCUCCUGGAUGCCCGCAAGCCCCGGCAGCGCCGAGGCCCGGGCGGGGCGCCUCGGCUGCGGGAAGGCGAAGUGCCGCGCGCUCUGGUCAGUUGAGUGGCCACGGAUGUUCGGAGAGGGUCGGCCUCGGGGCGACAUGCGAGCUCUGGAGUGCGCAGAUUGCAGCGCGAAGCGCCGUCGGCGCUGCCGCGUCGCCUCUCAGAGCGAUGCCAGACAGCGGGAGGUGACCACGGCGUUCGCGGACGCGCUGUUCGUGCGCCCGCACAACGCCCCGAAGUGCAGGCAGAACUGGCUCAUGCACCCAGAGAACAAGACUGGCGGAGUUCCUGGUGCGCUUCCGAUCUUCCAUGGGAUGCGCGCUCGCUUCACCACGACGGAGAACGCGGAGGCGGGAGCUUGCAAGCACUCCUGGGGGACCGUGACGGGCUGGGUCCUCCACCCCGACGACGCGAAGUUGGUGAGCGAGCACAGGUCCGAGCCAGAGCUGGUGCUGCAGCACGUGCCCGACGCGAUCACGGUGAAAAUCUUUGGGAGCACGGCGCGCCCUUUUGGCAAUCAGCCGGCGGGUGUCUUCCCCGUGAAACAGAAGGAGGUGUCAUGGGAUCGCAGCCCCGGUUUCAAGGCCAUGGCGAAGCGCGCGGGAUUCCCGCUUGUCCCGCACUUCGCCGCCACGGCCCACUGCGUCACCGGCGCCGCGCUGCCGCAGGCCAUCAUCGACCUCCUGGACGCGCGCACGACGCCCCGUGCGUCCAUGGUGCCCACGGGCUACGUGGCCAUCAGCCGCACUGGGCGGGCUGACGACCUGAUCAUCACCCAGCCUUUUUCCCCCAUGCUGUUCCGCCAGGGGCAUCAGACGGGCACGCGGCUCCUGCACCCCCUCGCAGCAGGGGAGAUGGCGACGGAGCAGACGCGAGCAGGCUGGGCCAAGGCAGAGAAGGAAGCCGCGUCCAGGUCGUCGAAGAAGUUGGUGGACGCCACGUUCCAGUGCGCCGACUGCCACCAGCGAAAAAGUCCGGGCAACUUCCCGGGGAGUGGCACGAGGGCGAGCGACCCCGUGGAGCACGCCGUGGCGGUGCUGAGCCAGGGCGCGUGGAGGAGGUGCGCCCUCUGCGCGCAGAAGAAGGCCGGAAAGGACGUGCAGAGGCCAGCCCCUCUGCCCAGCGAGCGCCGUUGCUUUGAAUGCGGCAAAGCCAGGCGCGUCUCGGAGUACGACAAGAAGAUGUUGGAGCAGUUGCGCUCAAAUGACGCCCUCGAGAGAGCGGCAGGCCUGGCGUGUCGCCCCGCGCAACUGCACCGGCCGCCGUCGAAGAUAGGCGCGCUGUACACGUGCUACCAGUGCGGGGGCCCGAAGGGCAUGGAGCACUUUGACCUGGGCCGGCUGAAUAUGCAUGGGGGGUCCGAGUGCGUCGCGCGCAAGGAGUGCUUCGACCUGCGCAUGCGUCCUCCUUGCGGGAAGUGCGGGGCGAGGCCAGAGAGGAAUCUGCAUUGCAGUCAGAGUAAUUACCAGUGUGAGGCCUGUACAUUCCCGAACUGCGACGUCUGCAAGGUAGCCCCGCGGCCGCGAAGCACGAAGUACCUGGCGGCGAACAGGCCGUCGUGGACGUGCCCGGCGUGCCCGCGGGUCGGUCAGUGCGCGGUCUGUGGCGCCCCGUCACCAGACGCGGCCAAAACUGGUCGGCGUUCUGUGAACUGGGAAGGGCCGAGGUACACGUGCGACGCGUGCCUCUGGCCGCCAUGCAGCGCGUGCAAGAAAACGCCGCGGCCGCACGACCGCUGGUGGACAGUUCGCGCUGCCCCGGACUGGAAGUGCGCAGAUUGCGCGAAGACGCGCGAGCGAGGGAAGAG